UUCUCAGCUCCAUCCACCAAUCACCGGUCUUCAAUAUGACAUAGCAGUAACAAAAGUCUUACGGACCUCGAGCAAAGUAGGAAUUGACGUGUCUGAUUAUCCAGUGUGACAGUGGUGUUUGGUUUUUUUUAUCUGGUUUUGUUGUCAAAGUUUGAGACGUAAUGGGAGCACCUAUCACAGACAAGAAGGUGCUGGAGAAGUUCCUUGAACUGGACCAGCCCCAGAACAAGUGUAUGUGUGAAUACGUCUGGAUUGAUGGAACCGGAGAAGGACUUCGCUCAAAAUGUAGAACUCUCGACUCUGUACCCAAAAGUGUUAAAGAGUAUCCAGAAUGGAACUUUGAUGGUUCAAGUACAUACCAAGCCGAAGGUUCAAACUCCGACAUGUACCUGCAGCCAGUGUCCGUUUUCAGGGAUCCGUUCAGGAAGGGACAUAACAAAAUGGUUUUGUGUGAAGUCUUCAAAUACAACAGAAAACCAGCAGAGACGAAUAGGCGUUACACUUGUGCACAGAUCAUGGAGCGUGCCAAAGAUCACCAUCCUUGGUUUGGAAUUGAGCAAGAAUACACACUACUUGCUUUUGAUGGGCAUCCUUUUGGAUGGCCCAAAAACGGUUUUCCUGGACCACAAGGUCCUUACUAUUGUGGUGUAGGUGCUAACAAGGUUUAUGGACGGGAUAUUGUGGAGGCUCAUUAUAGAGCUUGUCUGUAUGCAGGAGUGAACAUUGGUGGCUGCAAUGCAGAAGUCAUGCCAGCACAAUGGGAGUUCCAAAUAGGUCCGUGUGAAGGCAUUGAUAUGGGAGACCACUUGUGGAUGGCCAGAUACAUCAUGCAUCGUGUGUCCGAGGAGUUUGGUGUGGUUGUCACUCUCGAUCCAAAACCCAUGGAGGGCGACUGGAAUGGUGCAGGGGCCCAUUGUAACUACAGUACUCUGAGCAUGAGGAAUGAUGGUGGCAUCAGAGCGAUUGAAGAUGCCAUUGAGAAGCUUUCUAAGCAUCAUGUGCGCCAUAUCAAAGCUUAUGAUCCACGCGAGGGCAAGGAUAAUGAAAGGCGUUUGACUGGUCAGCAUGAGACAUCGAGUAUACAUGACUUCUCAGCAGGCGUUGCCAACAGAGGUGCCAGCAUUAGAAUUCCACGCCAAGUUGCAGAGGAUGGCCGAGGUUACCUUGAGGACCGACGUCCAUCUUCUAACUGUGAUCCCUAUGCUGUCACAGAGGUUAUUGUCAGAACUACCUGUCUGGAUGAGUAGUGCUCGUCACACUAUGACACUUUCAUCCUAAACUCCAUUUUGUUUUCUCUCAAAAUAGUUUGCUGUUUGGACUGAUCAAAUCAUCGCUUACGGACUGAGAUACUGAAUGCUUCAUGUCCUGAAUUUUCUCUUGAUGACAUGAGAAUACUAACUAUGAUAUGUUAUUUUUGUUUUUUAACUGGCAGGUUUUGGCUCACAGUUGCUUCAAAUGGUUAAUGAUUUAUUGAAGUUUGUAAGAGAAAAAAAGUAAUUAGUUGUCUUAAUACUGACAGACUGAUGGUUAACAUUUAUUUUGUAAUUAAAUCUUAAUGUAUAAUCAUUGAAACUGAUUCAUUCAAUUUGUAACAAGUUUUAAUGGGUGUAUAUAAUCACCAAGACUUGGUUAUUAAACAUUAUGUAACCAACUAAAUCUUAAUGCAGAAUAUAUACAUUUACAAAGACUGAUUGUUAGUUACAAAAUAAAACUUAUGAGACAAUAUUAAUAAAUUCUUAUAGUAUCUUUAUGUAGGGUACCUGGGGAAAAGCCAGCUCCAACUUGUUAACAUGCUUCCAGGCUGCAUCACGUUUGCAAAAAGUGCAGCUAGGGAGCUAUAUAUAUCCCUUUAAAGAAUGUUACACACUAACCUAAUUAUAGUCUGGGUCAUCUGAAAAUUAAUUGUAAGUUUGUAUAUGUCUAAUAUAUAAGCAUGCUUUUAUAUCAACUAACCUCAUUUGGACAGUUUUUGAUGUCAUUUAUAUCCAACAUGUUCUCUGUAUUACUAUUUCUUCUACAUGUUUGUUUUAUGACCUGAUUUGAAAUCCAAAAUGAUAUCCCUUUUACCUAUCAAAUUGCAAGAGAAAAGCUACAUGUACAUGGUAGAUUUAAAGCUAAUUAAGUCAUUGGCAAAUUUAAUGUCAUAAAAAUUGUAUGUUCCUUAAAUAUAUCACUGAUAACUAAAAAAUACCAAAUAAUUUCUGACUGGUUAAAAUAUUGUUCUUGAAAAGUUUGAACUAAGGAACUAACUGUGGAACCAGAAAAGGUUUCGUUAUUUUUUUCUUAUAAUCAUUUGCCUUUUAAAAAAGUCCACCAAAUUGACAAAAGUGUCACAUUUAUUUUUAAUGCUAUUUCUUCUUGUGAAAGAAAAUCCAUUUGUAAGAACAGCUUAAUGAACAUUCCUAGUAAUGACUGCAAUUUCUCCCAUCCCUAGCCAUGCAAGACAGGCGUAUUCCAUGAUGUCAGCAUAUGCGGAAUAAAUCGGUCUUGCAUGACCACGUGACUUCUGUUUGAGCUGAUAUUAACCUUGGGUAACGUCACGUAAGCGGCAAAAUAACGCAAGAAAUGCUUUUUAUA